AACUUAUAUAUUUUAAUUGCACACUAUAGCUCAAAAUGAACUCUCGCCGUGGAAUCGUCAAGUGUUUACUAGUUUUAAUCACAAUUUCUCUAUUAAAUGCGUGUUUACUGUUCUCUUUAACGCAAAUGUCCAGCGAAGUAACGUGUAACGUCACAAAUUACCUAACGCUAGACAACAAAGCUAAAUAUUACUACGAAAAAGGCCACUCCAACAACACGCAAGUCUUCGAACGAAUAUGUCCCGCCAAUGGAGAACCGGUACAGCUGCUGAUCCUGAUCGCAACAGCCCCGGUAAACUACGCCAAGCGGAUGGCCAUCCGCCAGACCUGGGCAGGUCAUUACGGACUUCGGCGGGAUGUUGCGGUAGGAUUUAUGCUGGGAAGAACCGAGAACCCGUUUAUUGAGCGUUCCCUGAGGAAUGAAAAUCACCUGUACGGUGACAUGAUCAGGGGCAACUUCGUUGAUCGGCCCCGAAAUGUCACGCUCAAGACAAUUUCGAUGCUCGAGUGGACCCUUAAGUACUGCUCCAAGGCGAACUUUCUGCUUAAGGCGAACGAAGACGCUUUUAUCAACGUUGAGAAGCUGUUGGAAUUUGUGGGGAGUCUGCUGCAUGAGGAAAGGUCGAUUUACGGACAACUGAAUGUUUGUUCAAAGCCAAUUCGGAGUGGGAAAAUUAAAAAUCAAGUCAGUUGGAAGGAUUUCAGUGGUCCGUUUUAUCCGCCUUUUUUAUCUGGAACCGCCUAUCUUCUACCAUCGGAUGUAAUUCCGGAGCUGUAUAACCAAUCACUGAACACGUCUUUCUUCCGCUUCGAAGAUGUCUUCCUAACCGGCAUGGUCGCCGAAACGUUGGCCAUUCGUCGAGUCGACGCCAAAGAGUUUGGAAGCGUUUGGAUGCCGUGGGUUUCACCCUGCAAACUAAGAAAGACGAUCGCCCUCGAAGGUAAAGGCCAACACCUGCAACUCUGGGAAAAGCUGCUACGUCCAGGUGUAUGGUGUCAGUAAUAGAACCAAAAUCAGAACAAAUACCCUCGAUUCGUUAUGAAAUGCCCCUACAAAGAUGUAAAAUAAAACAAAAGCCCGAAUCACAGGUUUCAUCAGACUGAAAAUAUGAUCACAUGCAGAACGUCACGUAGUUGAUAGCCGCUGGAAA